AUGAAUAAGCUAUUAAGCAAUAAGAAAAGGAAAAUUGACAGGGACAUCAAAGAAUAUGCCAACAAGAAAGCAUAUCCCCUACCACCAAUAGUAUCCAAUAUGAACAUACCCCAGGGUUCUCUUAACCAUGGGACUGAUUUAACAACAGAAAGUAAUGACCCAAGGGGUCACAACUCGAAUACGCAGUCCCCGUUACCAUGCAGUAGUGAGAAAAUCAGAAAUAACAACACCCAAGGUCAGGGUCCUUAUUAUGAUAGGCGGAACAACAAUAAUGAUGACCAAAACAAUGCCAAUAAUGACCAGGGUUUUCGGAGGGGCAAUGGACUAAGACACAACAACUUGGAAAGCAACAAGAAUCAACGCCAGAGGAAAAAUCGCAAGACCCAGAGGAGGAGAUAA